UGGUCCUACGGCAUGCCCUUCGUCCGCGACUAUGUUCCUCCUGAGUGCGACUUCAACCGGGUUACGAUCAACUUUACCGUCACGUCCGCCGGUCGGCAAUACGACCGCCUUGCGCUGAUGUUUUUCAACGACACCGAGAUAUUCAGAACUUCGACGGCUGAGCCGACUCAGAAUGGGAUCAUCUGGACGUACAUCAAGGACAUGAGUAACUACUUGACGUUAUUCAAAUCGCCGCAAAAGAUCAUCUUCGACCUGGGCAACCUCGUGGACGAUACAUACACGGGCGCGUGGAAUACCACCCUGACAGCAAGCUUCUUCACGGCAGAAGACGGGUUCGAUGCAGCGGACGUGAUCAUUCCGGUCUCCGCGCGCCAGUCCGCAUCCGACAAGCCGAGCGGCUUCGUCGUCCCCGACACGAAGGCCAUAAAUCCCCUCACCCUCCCCCAGAAUGUCAAGAAGGCAGUCUUCUCUAUAUCCGCCUGUGGCCAGGCUGCCGAAGAGUUUUGGUGGGCCAACGUUCUCUCCUCCGACACAACAGUCUUUGGAAACGAGACGACCCUGUACGGCUACUCUCCGUUUCGGGAGCUUCAGUUAUACAUCGAUGGGAUGCUGGCGGGCGUGGCAUGGCCCUUUCCCGUUAUCUUCACCGGAGGUGUUGUGCCCGGUUUCUGGCGACCUGUGGUCGGUAUCGACGCGUUCGAUCUGCAAGAGGAUGAAGUCGAUAUUUCGGCAUUCCUCCCCAUUCUGUGCGACGGGAAAGAGCAUAGCUUCGAGAUUCGGGUCGCUGGGAUCGAUGACGACGGACGCGGCAACGGGAACUUGACGGACACCGUUGGCUCGAAUUGGGUGGUUACUGGGAAGGUGUUUGUUUGGCUCGACUCGAGUGAUAGCGUCACGACAGGCACCGUUCCGACUAUCUCCGCCCAGGAGCCUUCCUUGGACCUGUCUUCGUCAGUGCAGAAGGGCGGCAACGGGUCGGUCACUUCUCUGGAUUACUCCGUGAAAGCCGCUAGGAAGCUAGCAAUCAGUUCGACGAUCGAGACAUCGGCCGGCUCGAAGACUGUUACGUGGCAGCAGGAUCUCACCUUUUGGAUCGACGGCCACCUCACAAAUGGUGGCAACGACCAAAGCACAUCGCAAGAGACCACGGGCAAGGACGUCUCCUUUGAUGGCUACUCCAAAUCGUACGAUUAUCCGCUAUGGGUUAUCUCAUCCUACAAGGUCCUGUCGGGAGGGAACUUCACGAUUGACGCAAAGAUGGGCCGCGGAAAGUAUGUUCAGAGGUUGGGUGAUCUUGCCUUCCCUUCGGCGGCGGAGACAUACGAUUAUGCCCGUUUCCCCGGAUACGCGACUUCCUUCAUGGGCACCCAGACGAAUAAUUUCCAGAACGGUACCGCGAGCUAUCUCAGUGCUCCUGCACUGAAGAGGUCGUUCGGAUCAGGCAAAACUGAGCAGUUGUAUUCUCUGUCCGGUAUCGUCGAUCCGGCUGAGAGCAAUGUAGACUUGUAUCGCCGUCAUAUCGUAGCCCAGAACGACUCCAUUAUUUACGACCAGGAGAGCUUCGCGGGCGGUAGUCAAAUUACUCAAAAGAGCUACGCCACUCCACGCGGGGAAACGCGGACUUACGCGAAGCACGGCAUCAAAGAAUUGCUUGGGCGGGGUCCAUUGUAACGGGAACAAGAAAGUGGUAGUU